AUGUCGCCCGAAGCAGAUUUGGCGUCUCCACCUGCCGGCGGUGUCGUCGGAUCCGACUCGGCGACGACUGCCGCUGCCCCCCAUGUUCGAUUCGACGUUGACCCGCAGCUCGUCGGCGAUAAGACAGAUCCAAUGAACCACGAUGCGGACCCCGAAGAACUCCCUGAAAUCCAAUGCGCUAAGCCUGAGCCGGCUCAGCUGCCCUCCUCGCCAAAGCCGAAUGAUGCGAUCAAGAUUGACGUUGAGGAUUCGGAAUUGAGCGACCUUGACGACGAUGUCCUCGACGUCCCCAUGUCCGACGCUCCUCCUGCCGAGAAUGCACUUCCACCUCCACCUGUUGAUGAUAUCGGCGAAAUCGUACCGGACCAUUGGUCGGGGACUGUCCCUGUAUUCAAGCCGACCAUGCACCAGUUCAAGGACUUCAAGCUCUUCAUGACCAAGGUCGACUCUUACGGCAUGAAAUACGGCAUCAUUAAGAUCAUUCCCCCCCAAGAAUGGAAGGACGCGCAACCCAGGCUCGACGAACUUAUAAAGCAGAUCCGAGUCCGAGACCCCAUCAAGCAGGAGAUUAUGGGCUCGAACGGUGCCUAUCGCCAAGUUAACUUUAUCCAUGGCCGAACAUAUACCUUGCGACAGUGGAGGGAACUCUGCGAGCAGAGCGAGCAUCAACCACCCGCCCGCCGGGGUGAGCGACGAAUGAACCGUGAGCGCCCCAAAGCCGCACCUCGCCCCAAGCCGGCGCCCAAAGAGAAGGAGGAUAAUACUGGCUCGUCUACACCAAAGAAGCGCGGCCCCGGCAGGCCACCGAAGAGGAAGAAAGGUGCCGCCAAUAAGCAAAAAGCGACGCAGAAAGAGACCCCGAUCGAGGACCGACCCAUGACCCCAGUUUCAGAUAAAGAGAAUGUUGCUGGGAGCGAGAUACCGAAAGAGGCACCGCCAACACCAGUAAAGACCGAAGGCCCUCUAGAGGGCGCAAACGCCGACACGGCCAUGUGUUCUAUAGAGACCGAAGAGGACCACCAAUCUACGCCUAUUCGACGAACGAGCCGUGGGGAUCAAAAGAACAAGUCGAAAAUCCAAUCUACUUCGGCUCGCCGCAAGUACAGCCGUCGUGAGGGCUCUGUCAUGAUUGACGAGGAGCACUUUAAGGAUUUCGACUACUGGAUGGACGUUUCCGAGUUUACUCCCGAGCGGUGCGAAGAGCUUGAAAAGAUCUACUGGAAGACACUUACCUAUGCCCCUCCCCUUUACGGCGCAGACUUGAUGGGCACUCUGUUCGACGAGAAGACCGAUAUCUGGAAUCUCAAUAAACUCCCAAAUCUGCUGGAUGUCAUGGGCACCAAGGUCCCCGGUGUUAACACGGCCUAUCUCUACUUGGGCAUGUGGAAGGCCACCUUUGCCUGGCAUCUUGAGGAUGUUGAUCUCUACAGCAUCAACUAUCUCCAUUUCGGUGCUCCGAAGCAAUGGUAUAGCAUUUCCCAGGCUGAUGCUCGGCGCUUCGAGGCUGCGAUGAAGAGCCUUUGGCCCACCGAAGCCAAGUCAUGCAACCAGUUCCUAAGACACAAGUCUUUCUUGAUCUCGCCCUCACACCUCCUCAAAGACUUCAACAUUACGGUCAACAAAUGCGUUUCGUACCCUGGCGAAUUCGUCGUUACAUAUCCCUACGGUUAUCAUUCCGGAUACAACCUUGGCUACAACUGCGCCGAGGCCGUCAACUUUGCGCUGGACUCGUGGCUCCCCAUGGGAAAGAUUGCCAAGAAGUGCGAGUGCGCCCUCGCGCAAGACAGUGUCUGGGUCGACGUGUACGAGAUUGAAAGGAAGCUGAGGGGCGAAUCGACGGAAUACGAAGAGACCGAGGAUGAAUAUGGUGAAGAAUCGGACGGGGAAGACCCUUCGACUCUCCCGACGCCGCCUGACACCACUUCCCCCGUUGGCAAGGCGCCUGGCCGGAAGCGAAAGCGAGCCGCGGACGGCAAGGUACGAGAGCCGAAGCCCAAGAAGAUCCGCCUACGGCCCAAGUCUACCAAGGAGGAGCCUCCUUGCUGUCUCUGCCCCAACAAUAUUCCUGGAGCGGAAACUCUGCCAACGGAAGAUGGCCAAAAGGCACAUCGUAUGUGUGCGCUUUACCUGCCAGAGCCGUACAUCGAGACAGUGGACGGCACAGAAACCGUGAUGAACAUAGCCGGUAUCGUAACCAAGGAGCGCAAGGAUCUCAGGUGUCUCUUCUGUCGAUCGAAGAGGGGCGGAUGCGUGAAAUGUUCGCACAAUAUGUGCACGAGGUCGUAUCACGCGACCUGCGCCGCUGCGGCUGGCGUCUUCGUCGAGGAGGGCGAGGUGCCGGUCUUUGGUGAGGAUGGCACCGAGUAUAAGGAGGAGGCAUUUGAGUUUAGCUGUCGGUUCCACAGGACGAAGCGCGAUAGGCGGCUGGACGGUGACCAGCUUGAGAAGGAUGAGCGCGUUCGCAAGGCGGCUAAGGCGCUCAAAGCUGGAGAUAUUUGCCAAAUUCAGUACUUCAAGGGAGAUAUUUUCGCUGGUGUGGUGGUUGAGAAUCGUCAGGAAGAAGAGAUGCUCUUGCUUGAUGUCAUUCCUAAAGGCGACCGUGUUGAAUCCGAAUGGAAGUGGCUGCUGCUGCCUGACCCCGGAGAUUACCGGCUUCCCAAGGCAUCGGCUAAUGCGCUUCCUCUACCGGCUUCUCAGAAAGCUAAGAAGGAACUCAACGCAAAGCGUGCCGCCGAUGAGACGCCCCGCAAGGACGCUCCGUUCGCUCCCGGCUACACAUGGGCCGAAUUCAGUUCUCACGAUCCCGUCAACCCUGUUCAGGCCAAGGUCUACAUAUCUAAGAUGGACACACUGUGGCACUACCUGGGCGAAAAUUCCACCGAUGCCAAAGCCCAAUAUACUGACGACCUGACCCGGCGCCAGCACAACCCCAAGAGCAAUUUCCUGGACACUAUUCCCAAGCCGCCGAAGCCGCCGAGGCCGGCACCGGCCGCAAAUAUGGUUGGACAGGCAGGAGGGGCAUCUGUGCCACGACCAUAUACUUAUAAACCGAGACCUCCGUCCGGGGCCGCGAUGCAUAGCGGCGUGGCUCCCAAUACACAUCCCCGCGGACCCACCGCGACAUCCAGCGGUGGUGUUGGGCUUGGAUCGGUGCUACCGUUUGGCACGGAUCCCCGAUUCCGGGUGUCUGGAUAUCAGCCUCAACAUGUUUUCAGCGCACAUCAAGCACCGCAGCUAGCUAGUGCUCCCAACCACGUGGCUGCAGGUGGAGCUUACAGCAGUCCUGCCACCAGCCAACCUCCUCAACACAUAUACCGGCCUCAGUAUCAAACUCCGUCGGCUCAGCCCCCUAAUCCUUAUUACGGCAACCACGGUGGUGUGCCACCAUCCCCCGGGGGCGGCCGAGGGUACUUCCAAAUCUCCCAGUGGUUUCCUCCAGGCUAUGACCCUGGUAGGGAGGCGCAUCUUCAACUCCAGCGAGCUCAAGCAGCUAGGCUUCUCGCGCAACAAUACAGCAACCCGCCAGUCAUGAAGAGUAAUACCGCGACACCGAAUGCUAGGCCAGCCGCAUCGUCGCUGCCAUCGACGCCAACCUCUGUGGGCGGUAAGCCAGGGUCUGCUGCCCAAGCGAAACCGCCCAAGCCUGGGACCGCGCAGGCAAAGGUGAAGGCGCCUGAGAAGCAGCCAGUGGCUCAUGCGGUUCCUGCAAAGCAGACGCCCGUGCCCCUGCCUGCUAAGUAUUUGGCGGCUAUUGGAGCGUCGCAAUCGCCUCGGCAAGGGGGACAGGGGACGACGGCGACACCGACGCCACCACCACCUAAGCAGCCAAAUCCCGCUGCGCAACCAGUGCAGCCCGGACCAGCUGCAUCUGCAAUGCCUAGCGUGCCUGAGAUGAACGCCAGUCAGCGGAAGCCGCAUGUACAGCAGCAGCAGCAGGUAGAGCCUCAGACACAAGCAGCUGCGCCUCUGGUUUCGACAACGCCGGUUCCUCUUCCGCCAAUUCCUUCCAUUUCUCGGCCGAGCUUCUCGGCUUCUCCUGCGGUGGGAUCGAGCGGUGACCCGAAGGUUGCUCUGCCUCCUGUCCCUGCUGGUGCCUUUGGCAUCCCGAGCCUGCCGGCAGAGCCACCUGCGUCGUCGAACCUGCCGCCUGGGCCAGCGCCAACACAGGAGGUGAAAUGUAACAGUGGCACGAGCCCAGAACUGGCAGAUGUUCCGGCGGACUCGUCGUCUUUUGUCGAGAAGAUGAUGGUGAAUCUACAUUCGGCUAGUAGAAAGGGCUCGGGUGAAUCGUCUGCUUAG